AUGCGUGCAAUAUUACAUAAAUUAAUGUAAUAACCUUUUGUUACCUUCUCUAAAUAAGAACUCAAAUAAAGACUUAGUGACAUAUAAUACAGAGUUACCUAAGAAGCAGGUAAAAUAUCAAUUAAUUAUGUAGAUACUGAACCACCUUUCAAGAAUGAAUAUUACAAAACAAAAGAUCCUGGAGAAUACUUUUGUAUUGUUUGUGGAGAUAAAUUAUUUGGAUCUUAACAUAAAUAUAACUCUGGAUGUGGUUGGCCUGCUUUUUGGGGUUCUUAUGACUCAAAAAAGAUUAAAGAGAUCAAGUAUAUUCUUAAAAUUAUUUUAUAGUGAUUAAAGUCAUGGAAUGAUCAGAAUUGAGGUUCGAUGUCAAAAAUGUAAUGCUCAUUUAGGACACAAAUUUGAUGAUGGUCCAGCUGAAUAAGGAGGAAUCAGAUAUUGUAUUAAUUCUGCUUCCUUAUAAUUUAAAAAAGAAAACAAAUGACUU